AUGAAUGUAACUGUUGUGGGAAGCUAUAAUAGUGAAAUAGGUUAUACAAUAAAACUUGACACCAAAUUGAUGUCUGAAUUACGAAUAUUUUUGGGUACUAAAUUUGAUAAAUUAGUAACAAAAAAAGAAAAAUCAAGGAUAAAAUUCAAUGAUUAUGAAAUUCGUGUAAAUAUAGAAGAAAUUGAAAAUGCUUUAAAAGAACGGUUAAAAGAAUUGUCAAAACAUGUACAGGAAAAAGAGAAUGGAACACAAAAUGAAAAAUCUUUUUUGAACUUGCUAUUCGAUACAAAAGUUUUGGACAUUAAUACUGUUACUGAAAAGCCAAGGGCUAUUUUAGAUCACGUUCAUGAAAGGAAAAAUGUUGGAAUUCCAUUUGAUUUGAUUUUCUAUGAUUUUAUUAAUCAAAUUAAAAAUGGAACCGUUAUCCUCAAAAAAAGGCAUAACAAAAAAAUUUUUGAGGAAAAGCAUAACAUGAUAAUUAAUGUUAAUUCAAUAUGUCAUCCUUAUUUAACCGAACUAGAAGAAUUAUUUAAAAAUUCAACUUUCCUUUCGGAAAAAAUUAAACAUAGUUAUUAUCAUAUGGAGAAGUUGAUCUGUAAGGGUAUGAUAGAGGUGAAAAAUAAUUCACAAAGUCCAUUGACUAGAACAGGCAAAGUUUAUUUUACAUCCAUGGAUGGAACACUUUGGUUUAAAACUUUUGGGAUCGGCGAGAAUAUUAAUGUCAAAAUAUUUGAGACAGAGACAAAUAUAAAAUUAAAGGCAAAAAUACCUAUGGCAAUUGUUGAAUUAAUUGAAGAGGUUAAAAUUGAAAGGGAAGAAUUGUUAAAAGAUGGUGAAAUGUUGAGAAAAUAUGAUAAUUUUAUUGUUGAAUUAAAAGAAAGAUGGUUUAGAUCCAUUUUUUAUGUCUUAUUUGAUCAAUUAUACAAAAGUAUAGACAAAAAGAAGCUGAUAAUUAAAUUAAGUAAAAAAAAUGAAGGAGAAGCAUGUACUAGCAAUAAUAUUAAAACAAUUCAAGAUAAACAAGAGGAACAUGUUCUUUAUUUUGACAAAAACAGUUUAAUUGGAAAAACAUUUUUGUUAAAAAUUUAUGGAAAAGAAAAUGCAGUAAAAUUAGUUAAAGGAAAAAAAGAUUCGGCAAUUUUUGUGAAUAUAAACAAUGAAAAUAAAAAUGAGAUUAGUAAAGGUAAGCUGAGGAUGAAUAAAAGAAAUAACUUGUGGGGAACAUUUUACUUCAGUUAG